AUGGAUCGCAGAGGUCUUUACUGUCCAGGCGAGUUGGACGUGUUGUAUCAAGACAGGAACGAAUCAGAGACUACCAUCUGUCUGCCGUCACCACCUGCAAAGCGAAUUUCAUCAUACUACCCCACGACGGGCCCCAAGGUUGUUGAGGAUUCACACCUUGAUCCCUUCUACCUGGAACAAUCAUUGGCGGCCACCCCAACUUGGGAUUCAUACCCAUCGGACAUGCGCAAUGAUAAUUUUGAAGACGAAAAUCAAUACUAUACACUGUCCUUUUCUCACAACAAACAAAUCAACACAUUAAAAUACCGACGUCCAAAUCGCUCCACACUUGCACAGGUGGAGUUGGAGAACAGCCUGAGAUUCCACCGAUACACUUCCUCGACCGAAGAACAUAGUACUUUGCACAGCAGCCAUAUCUCCUUCAGCUCUGUGCAGACAGACAAUACCACCCCAGAUUUGACACCCAGCAGCUCCUUCUCCUACGAUACACCUGGCUGCCCAGACAUUGUGAUCGAGGCAACCCAACAACUUUACCAACACGCGCACCAAACCAAGUGCGAACCUCGCCGCCGAUUCUAUCUUCCUGCUUCGACACCACCUACAUAUUCUCUUCCUCCCCCGCCACCCCCACUGGGAGGGUCUUUUACCCCCGAUAGUCGUCCCACUACACCUUCCUUCCAACAUUCAAACGACUCCACUACAACCAUCACUAUGGGCUACGAGGACAUGACGGGAUCCGCUUCAUCACGAUCACGCCGCAGGAAGCAGCCUCCCCCUAGUCUCAACUUAUCAUCGCGUGACCCAAGCUCCCACAGCGUUAGCCGUCGCAAGCAAUAUAGCCCUGGGACCCGCCCCCCCGCUUGA